AAACAGCGUUUUGCGUUGCGUCGUAAUGGGAAAGAAAAAGACGCAAAUAUACGUUUGCUGCAUUCUCUCUCAUUACAACGCAACGCAAAACGCUGCCAUGGGACUGCGGCCUGAGAGUGCAGUCGCAUGGUGGUAGAAUAGUAAAAUAGUGGAACAGCUUUGACCAAUCAAAGGAUUUGAUUUUUUUAAACACUUAUUCUGAUUGGUCAAAUCAAUUACACUAUUCCAUAAUUCUACCAGCAUGGGACUGCACCGUAACCAGUGUUGGGAAGUGACGCGUCACUCGAGGUUUUUGACGUAAAAUACUUGGUUUUUUACAUAGGUAAAAUACGUAUUUUACCCCCCUCCCCCAAAAAAUACAUUGUGUAUGAAACUUUUGAAGUAAAAUACGAGGUUUUUUUUUCUGUAAAAAUCCAUGUAAUUUACCUGAGGUAUUUUACGCGCCCAACCCUGACCGUAACUGCAAGAUGUUUAGACUGGGAUGUGUGCGCAUUGUGUUAACUAUUAUCCUUUUAAAUUAUUUGAUGCUAAUUAGACAUAACAAAUGCAUUUGCAAUUCAUUGUAAAAACACGCGAUCUCGACAUUUUUUGAUACUACCAACCCUACGAACUGAAGUGUAAAUGCACCCUAAAAAAUAAGUAUAUUAUUUGUCCAGCCCUGCUAAAAUUCUUUAUUCGAAGAUACUGUUUUGCAAAGAAAACAAAAUGGCUCCAAAGACAAGAGGAGGUGUUAAUAAUACACAGCAAGUGCCUAUGCAAGCUGAUGUCGACAGUAAUGAACAAUCUUCUCCAAAGCCUUUGCGCGGCCGUGCACGCGGUCGUCCUCGUGGACGUCCUCGCAGUCAAUCCUCUAACCGUGAGGUUAUUAAUAAAGCGGUAAACAGUGAAAGUAAUGAAGUUGCAGAAAUUCCUCCCAAACUACGAAAUGAUAUAUAUUCUGUUGUGGAAACUGCUGUAACAGCAGCAAUGACUGCAUAUACAGCCAGAGGCAAUAGUAAUCAACAAACUUACAGAUCUCCUAUACACCAAAGAGGAAAUCGUCGAGGCCUCAACGGAAGUCAUCGUUCCCGCAUUCAACACGGUGUCCGUCAACGGGGUUUCAGGCAUCGUGGUUUAAAUCAACGCGGUAAUAAUUAUCGGGGUGUCGGUCGUGGAGCUCAUCGAGGUGGCAACCAUCGUGGUUUUAUUUAUCGAGGAAAUUAUUAUCGCCGUGGAAAUUAUCGUGGUGGCUUUUACCGUAGUGGUUCAGGUUAUAAUGACUUUUAAGUAAAAAUGUAUUUUACUA